AAUUGCGUAAACGUAGGCGUAGAGUUGUGGGAGUAGUAGUAGCAGUAAAUGUUGUACAAUAAUUUAAUCUACAAUCGAGUAAAGAUAUGUCGUAACUUGAUUGCAACAACCAAUCAGAAUGCAGUUUUAUGUUUCGAUGAGAACCGUGUGAUUAUUUAUCAUGAUGGAUAGACAGAAAGUGCUUUUGUUGUUAUUACUGCUACUAUAUUAUGAAUUUAUCAAUUUAUUAAAUGUUUAUUUAAAAUUAACAACACAAGUGCUACGAAGAUGGUGUGCGCCCAAUCAAUCGGCGACGAAAUGAAUUAGGGUUUCAUUCUAACCUUAUAAAAGAAAUAUCGCUGACAGAUCAUGAAGAAUUUUUUUCAUUUUGUCGCAUGUGGCCUGAACAGUUUAAUACUUUACUAUUUAUGGUGCGUCCCUUCCUCUUGAAAAGAAGCCGCAGACAACCACUUCCUGUGAAAUUAAAACUUGCAGCCACUCUUGCAUAUCUCGCUCAUGGUGACAGUGUCAAAUCGAAGGCAUGGGAGUUUCGCAUUGGUAAAUCUACUAUGUACAAAAUCAUCAUUGAAGUGUGUCAAGCCAUUUGGACACGUCGAAACUACUGUCCUUCUACUUAUGUAGACCAUGACAAUGAAAAUGGGGACAUUAUUCCUGGAGCUUGGAGGAUUGAAGAAAAUCAAAGAGGACUGCAAAGAAUUAAACGAACUGGUUCUAAUAAUCCAGCUAGAAAAGCCGCUCAGUUCCGGGAUACGCUUUGUGACUAUUUUAUAUCAGAAGCUGGUGAAGAAGCUGCCCCUUGGCAGUAUGAGCAAGCAUUCCGUGGGUCUUUUUAG